CGGCCGGGGGCCGGGUGUCCGCGGAGCCGCCUUCGCCCGCUGUCCGCCUCGUCUAUUUCCCACCGCGGCCACAGGAGACAGAUGACAGUGAAGUUACCUGUGUAAAAACUAUUUACUGUGCCUCCACGUUUGCACUACUUGAGGAAGGGAAGCCAGCUGUUUUAAUGCCCAGACUGCUUGAAUGACAGAUUAAUCAGUCACUCGAUGGGGAUUAACAGUGGACCGCCUUUUUGUGAUACCUUUCCACCUGUCUGUAGCAAGAAAAAUAAUUUCAGCACCUCUUCAAUAAUAAUGAUGAAACUGGUAUUAACUGAAUGGCAAUUAUGGAUUUUUAACUCUAAUUCACAGUAAACCAGCAAGCCAUAUGUUUAAAGCCCUACCAAAUAUCGUUCUCUUUUGCUGCAUGUCUCAGACAUAGGUGAGAAGUUCUGAGAUACCCAUUUGUACAAAGAGGAAUGUGUUAACCUGCAUGAGGAACACGACAGAAGCUCAAAGAGAAGACACCUUAAUUUAUCAUUAAAGAUAUAUGAUAGUAUUAUUUAUAUAGAUAGAAUACAGAUAUAUAUUUUGGUGGUAAUGAAAAUGGCUCCUCAGAAUGCCGACUCGGAGUCUAUACAAGUUGAAGAGCUUGCUGCACCAGCCCCAGACCUUCAGAAAUCUGAAAAUAAAGAGAGUGAGAACCACGAUGAGACAGUUAGUGAAGGAUCCAUAGACCGCAUACCAGUUCGCCUUUGGGUGAUGCAUGGGGCAGUAAUGUUUGGCAGGGAAUUCUGUUAUGCCAUGGAAACGGCUUGGGUCACACCAAUAUUGUUGCAAAUUGGUCUUCCGGAACAGUACUAUAGCCUCACUUGGUUCCUUAGCCCUAUCCUGGGCCUCAUCUGCACUCCACUGAUAGGUUCUGCUAGUGACCGAUGUACACUUAGCUGGGGCCGCCGGCGGCCUUUCAUUCUUGCUCUCUGCAUUGGAGUUCUCUUUGGAGUUGCACUUUUCCUCAAUGGUCCUGCCUUAGGUCUGGCCCUUGGUGAUGUUCAGAAUAAGCAUCCAAUUGGGAUCGUCCUCACGGUGCUUGGUGUUGUGGUUUUGGAUUUCAGUGCAGAUGCAACAGAAGGGCCCAUCCGUGCCUACUUGUUGGAUGUCGUGGACAGUGAAGAACAAGACAUGGCGCUUAACAUCCAUGCCUUUUCAGCCGGUCUUGGAGGAGCAACUGGCUACGUGCUGGGAGGAUUGGAUUGGACACAGACCUUCUUGGGUGUCUGGUUUAAAACCCAGUAUCAAGUCCUCUUUUUCUUUGCAGCUGUCAUUUUCACAGUGUCUGUAGUCCUCCACCUCUUUAGCAUCGAAGAAGAACAAUAUUGCCCUCAGCAAGAGCGAAUUGAAGAAGCAGAUACUCUCUCCAGCGGCAAAUUCAGCAGCAGCCUCCCCCCACUCAGCCGCUUGAAUGUAAUUAAUGAGGGAGAGCCAUAUGGGGUUUCUAUGUUUGCUGAUGAAGUACAGUCUGAGCAUGAGCUCAGUCUGGAUUAUCUUGAUGUGGACAUCGUAAGAAGUAAAAGUGACUCUGUACUUCACAUGCCUGAUGCAACAUUGGAAAUUGAGCCAGAGCUACUUUUCCUUCAUGACAUCGAACCCUCCAUUUUUCAGGACUCUUCAAACCCUAACACUCCCCGAAGCACCAGCCAGGAGCUUAUGAAAUGCAAACGGAGCCGUUUGUCCACUCUCCUCAGGGAAAAUGAAAAAGAAGAUGAUAUGUUGCUUGAUAAUCACUUGAAUGAAGCCAAAGUCCCAAAUGGCAGUGGCUCUCCACCAAAAGAUCUCAUCAAUGGAAACUCUAAAAUGGCCUUGAAGACGUCAAACACUUCAGGCUCCAUUCGGAGGAGAAGGCACAUGUUCUACCGCCAGGCAUCUUGCACCUUUUCCUACUAUGGCAAAGUAGGGUCUCACCGUUACCGUUUCCGACGCGCUAAUGCCAUUGUGCUGAUUAAGUCAUCCCGCAGCAUGAAUGAUAUCUAUGAUAUACAGAAGAGGCAUCGUCAGAGGUGUAGACAAAGGAACCAGAGUGGUGCAACCAAUUCCAGUGGAGACUCAGAGAGUGAAGAAGGGGAAACUGAGACCACGGUCAAGCUGCUGUGGCUGUCCAUGUUGAAGAUGCCCAAGGAGCUAAAGAGGCUUUGCCUAUGUCACCUCGUGACCUGGUUUUCAAUCAUUGCCGAAGCAGUGUUUUAUACAGAUUUUAUGGGCCAAGUCAUCUUUGAAGGUGACCCUAAGGCACCUUCAAAUUCUACUGCUUGGCAUGCAUAUAAUGCAGGUGUGAAGAUGGGCUGUUGGGGAUUAGUCAUCUAUGCCUCUACUGCUGCUAUUUGCUCAGCCCUGUUACAGAAGUAUUUGGACAACUAUGACCUUAGUAUAAGGAUGAUUUACAUCCUAGGAACUCUGGGUUUUUCGAUUGGUACUGCAGUGAUGGCCAUUUUCUCCAACAUCUACGUCGCUAUGAUAAUGAUCAGCACUAUGGGCAUCGUGUCAAUGAGCAUAUCCUACUGUCCCUAUGUACUCUUAGGACAAUAUCAUGAGAUUAAAGAGUAUGUGCAACAUAGCCCUGGAAAUUCACAGCGUGGAUUUGGCAUUGACUGUGCAAUCCUCUCCUGUCAGGUUUAUAUUUCCCAAAUCCUUGUAGCCUCUGCGCUUGGUGGAGUGGUGGAAGCAGUAGGUACUGUCCGUGUUAUUCCAAUGGUGGCAUCUGUGGGAUCAUUCUUGGGCUUCUUGUCAGCAACAUUCCUGGUGAUUUACCCUGACUGUGAAGAAUCCAAGGAAGAGCAUAAGGGACUGUCUUCUCGCCACACAGCUGAGAGUGGCAACACCGAGGAGAAACCCAGUGUUUUAAAGCUCUUUCGGAAAGAGGAGUCCCAAGUCUCAGUAGAGGACGAGUCAGUCAUCUGAAUCUACCAUUCUGAUUUUACACACAUUCCAAGCAGGAACUGGGGCUGAGUGUGGAGAUGGUUUUAAAGGGGGAGGGGGGGGAGAAGUUACUGAACAUUCUGUAAUUGCUAUUGCCUGAAUUAUGGCAUAAAUAAGAUUUUGUGCAAAAAUGUACUCAAAAUUCAUUAGUCUUAGGUUAAGUUUGAACCAGUAGGCAAAUGUAUAAAACUGAUUGCUUUCUCCAUUUUAAAAAACAGGGGGAAAAAACAAACAGAAAAACCCCACAUCACUUAUAAAUGCCUACACCUUUUUUCUUUUUUAAUUAAGAUAAGACCUUUUGAUUCCAACUAUUACUCAAAAUAUGCAGGUAUAUUGUUCUGCAUGUUUUUAACAUGUUGCUGUAUAGACAAGCAAUUUAGAAAAAAUUAAGAAAUAUUUUGCCUUUUUUAGAUUGUAAUUUCAAACAGAAAGCUAUUUUGACAACUUUUAUGAGAUGUCAUCUGAAUCCCUCAGAUAAUGCCAGUUUAACUUGAAUAAGACACUUUUAUCAGAAAUUUUUUCCACAGACAACUAUUAGUCUGACAGCUAUAGUUAUUUGGUCAAAUUUCACCUCAUUUUUUGGUGCCACUAUUAUUGAAUAUUUUUCUUUGCAAUCACUUUAGAAAAAAACGACCCAAAAGUGUGGUCUUCUUUUUUUAAAAAUGCAU